AUGGAUGAUAGCAUCAUGAUUGAUCUUGCAGCUGCAUUGACAAAGAAAGGGAUGAGUGCGUUUCGCUUUGAUUUCAGUGGAAAUGGAGAAAGUGAAGGUGAAUUCCAGUAUGGCAACUACAAGAAGGAGGCCGCUGACUUGCACUCUGUUGUCUUGUAUCUUCGCCAGGAAAAGUACGAUGUAGCAGCAAUUGUUGGUCACAGCAAAGGUGGAGAUGUGAUGGUUCUAUAUGCCUCUAUCUACAACGAUGUCCCCAUGGUGAUUAACCUUUCUGGUCGGUUUAAUUUGGAGAAAGGCAUUGAAGAGCGCCUAGGCAAAGAGUUUAUGGAUAGAAUAAACAAAGAAGGCUACAUUGAUGUCACAAACAAAUCAGGAGAGGUUUUGUACAGAGUAACCAAAGAGAGCUUGAUGGAACGACUGGGCAGUGAUAUGCACGCAGCAAGCCUUUCCAUCAGCAAAGAGUGCAGGUUCUUUACAAUUCAUGGUUCAGCUGACGAGAUCAUACCCGUGGAAGAUGCAUACGAGUUUGCAAAGCUUAUAUCAAACCAUAAGCUGCGUGUCAUUGAGGGAGCAAAUCACUGCUACACUGCUCACCGUAGAGAACUUUCUGAUGCCGUAGUAGACGCCAUCACAUCCAGCAGGGGAGACCACAUCCUAGAGCAGAUGCAGAACGGCGUCCUCAUCCAGCCUGCCAUGCCACUCAUCUCAUCACCUCCAGUCACCUCACGUUAUAUCAUAAAAGGCUUAGAUUAG